AAGAAUUUGGAAGAUUUUGGUAUUUCUGGCCAACUUAUUUAUUAGAAGGAAAUUCAUAUAUAAGAAUUACUGAAAAGGCUUUCGAAAAGGCUAGAGAAAACAAACAUAAUUUUGUAGACGAGUGGACAUUAAAGAAAAGUUCAAGAAGAAGUUCAAAAGCAUCAAAAAUACCUAAAAGUAAUAUAUUGGUCGAUACAUUCUCUCAUGAUCAGAAUUUACCACCAAAGAAUAACAAUAAUGAUCCUUUUCAGAGUCUCUCAGAAAAUGAAUUGAAAUGGGCUGAAUUUGUAUAUAAAAUUGAUGAUGACACAGAAUUCAUAAAUAAUUAUGAAGAUGGAAUAAGUUCAGGGGAAAAAACAAAAAUAUUAGCACAUCUUAUAGGUAAUAGUAGAUACUUUGAAAUUGAUUAUAAACCUACUAUAAUCGAA